CCUUCAGCCUUCAGACUUCAGACAUCCGUCCCCAUUCAGUCUGACCCCGCUGCAUAGCAAUAGGGCCAUACCCCGACAGUCCGACUCGAUCGACCUUUUAUGAACCCGACCCGGACUUUCUCCUUUAAAUUGCCAGCUAACCCGUUCUUACGAAAAAUUCUAGGGUUUUUUGGCCGCAGUCUGACUCUUGAAGUUUUUCUCGGAGCUUUUCCAGGAAAAUUUUUGGCGGAGCUGUUUGGUGAUGGCACCAAAACAGCCAAAUACUGGCCUUUUUGUAGGUCAAAAUAAAGGACAUGUAGUGACAAAGAAGGAAUUGGCUCCUCGUCCUUCGGACAGAAAGGGGAGAACUAGCAAGAGGGUCAGUUUUGUGAGGAGCCUCAUCAGGGAGGUGGCUGGUUUUGCUCCUUAUGAGAAGAGGAUUACUGAGCUUCUAAAGGUUGGGAAAGAUAAGCGAGCACUAAAAGUGGCAAAGAGAAAGUUGGGUACUCAUAAGAGGGCCAAGAAGAAGCGUGAAGAGAUGUCUUCUGUCCUUCGGAAAAUGAGAGCUGGGGGAGCUGGAGAGAAAAAGAAAUGAGUAAUUACCCCAGAUGGCAGAGCCCUUCUUGGAGUUUUCAGUUCAGGAUUUAGUAAUAUUUAGUUUCUGGUCUGUUGUCAUUUUGAAAAAUUGAAGAGUUUUGGUUUUGUUUGCAAUUUAAACUUAAUGUGCUAAAGAGUUGAAUUGAGUAGUGACUUGUAUUUCUGCAUUGUUGUUAAUUCUAUCUUGUUUCUUUGAGCA